CUACUCUUACAUAUGACACACUCAGGUUUGAAUAUGAAGACUUCCCUGAGACCAAAGAACCAGUUUGGAUCCUCGGCCGGAAAUACAGUGUUUUUACAGAGAAAGAAGAGAUCCUGUUGGAUGUGACCUCUCGGCUUUGGUUCACCUACAGAAAGAAUUUCCCUGCUAUUGGAGGAACUGGUCCCACAUCUGAUACUGGCUGGGGCUGUAUGUUGCGAUGUGGCCAGAUGAUCUUUGCUCAGGCCUUGGUCUGCAGGCAUUUGGGAAGAGACUGGAGGUGGAUAAAAGGGAAGAGGCAGAUGGAUAAUUACUUCAAUGUUCUUAAUGCCUUCAUUGACAAAAAAGACAGCUACUACUCCAUUCACCAGAUAGCCCAGAUGGGAGUUGGAGAAGGAAAAUCCAUAGGUCAGUGGUAUGGACCAAACACAGUUGCACAAGUGCUCAAAAAACUUGCAACUUUUGAUACGUGGAGUUCACUGGCAGUACAUAUAGCUAUGGACAACACAGUCGUAAUGGAAGAAAUCCGGCGGUUGUGCCAGUCCAACUUCCCAUGUGCUGGAGCUGCAAUGUGCCCUUCUGUGGAGUCAGAUGUACUCUAUAAUGGGGAAGCAGGGGUUAGAGAUAGGCUCUCACUGUGGAAACCGUUGGUGCUGCUGAUACCUCUCCGCCUUGGGCUCACGGAGAUCAAUGAAGCCUAUAUUGAAACACUAAAGCACUGCUUCAGGAUGCCCCAGUCCCUUGGAGUGAUCGGAGGGAAACCAAACAGUGCUCACUACUUCAUUGGCUAUGUAGGUGAGGAACUCAUUUACCUGGAUCCCCACACUACGCAGCCUGCAGUGGAGCCCAAUGAAGGUGGCUGUCUUCCAGAUGAAAGCUUCCACUGCCAGCACCCUCCCUGCAGAAUGAGCAUUGCUGAGCUCGACCCCUCCAUCGCAGUGGGCUUUUUUUGCAACACAGAAGAGGACUUCAACAAUUGGUGCCAGCAAAUCAAAAAGCUGUCCCAUGUAAGAGGAGCACUGCCAAUGUUCGAACUGGUUGAACGCCAGCCAACGCAUUUCUCCAAUCCUGACGUCCUGAAUCUCACACCAGACUCCUCUGAUGCCGACAGAUUGGAAAGGUUCUUUGACUCAGAAGAUGAGGACUUCGAAAUCCUAUCCCUUUGAAAUCAAAUAGGAAACUGACUCUGCAAAUUUGUGUCAUAUGUGGGGAGGAGGGGGGGAGGGAAGCUCCUUCGAGAGCCUGGGGCUACCGGUUUUCAUAGGCGCUUGCUGCCAUCUCCGCCUCUUUGUCCAUCCUGGCAUUCUGUGCAGCCUCUGAGCGGAGCGUGCAUUGUCUGUGUUGGGAUGAAGAACCAAGCUGGGUAUUACAGCCUUACUGGCUGGAGUCAGAAUUUCUCAGUAGAAAACAGUUGCUGGAAGUGGACGCUAUGGUGCUUAGGAGUUCAAAGCCUAUCUGUUACAUCAGCAGGUCAGUUGGCCUUCUGGGGGAGGCAUAGAAAUUGUUAGAGCACUAAAUCCUUACAUGGGGACUCCCCUCUGAAGCUUAAAUAGAGCCACCCGUCCUUUAGCAGGUGAAGUGUACAGUUAAUUCCUUUAGCAGCUUCUCUUCUCACUGGCCAACUUUGGACUGCAGCUCACAACUCAAAUGAACAACAGACAUGUCCCAACAAGACAGCUGUGAAGCCCCUGGAGUGCAAGUGGUGAGGCAGUACAACUCCUGUUCAUGCUUUGCAGUACACAGCACUUCCUCUCAGGUGUAGCACCCCUUUGCUUCUCACAUCCUAUGGAAAGGAAGUUGAGGAAAUUUACAAGUGACUGGUAACU